AUGGAUGAAUCAAUUGAUGUAAAUGAUGCUCUCACACAUGCUUCCAACCCAGAUAACAACAUAAGGUCAAUAGGAGAAGACAUGCUAAAGCGGCUCCAAAAUCGUGAUCUUCCCAACUUUCUGCUAUAUUUAUCAUCUGAGCUCGUGAGGGAGGGGAUUCCAGAAGAGUCUAGGGUACUUGCUGCCAUCACCCUUAAGAACUCCUUGGACUCGAAGGAUCCUGCACUCAAGGAUGCACACAAGGAUCUAAUUUGUCUAAAAUGGCUCAGCGUGGAUAAAUCUAUCCGAUUAGAGAUUAAGAAUAACUUGCUCAUGACACUAGAAAUUGAUUCAAGGCCAUCUCAUUCAAGGCACCCCUCGUCAAAAGUUAUUGCAGAAGUUAUUGCGAGGGUUGCAUGCAUGGAGAUACCCCGGAAUCAGUGGCUGGACCUUGUUGGUAAAUUAAUGGACAACAUGGCAAGUUUAUCUUCUUCCCUAAAGCAAGCAACUCUAGAGGUGCUCCAGUAUAUCUUCAAGGCAAAGAUCCCUAACGUUGUCAAGCGGGAUCAAGUGGAUGAUGUUAUUGCUAGUGUCAUCAGUGCACUGAACGACGAGGUGCUAGGUUCUCAAGUCCAUCUGGCAGCCCUUAAAGCUUUACACAACAUUUUUGAGUUUACUAAGUUUGAAGGCCAUGAUUGGAGAGGUGCUAUAGAGGCAGUUUUUGCUGUGGCUUAUAGAACAUCUGGAACAGAGAUCCCAGAGGCAGCAUUUGAGUGCCUCGUUGCAAUUGCAUCCACUUGUCAUACCAAAUUCGAACCCGACGUAGAAGUGCUGAUGCGUAUUACAAUGCAAGCUUUGAAUGGAGAUGUGGAAUCACUUAAAGUCCAAUGUAUCAAGUUGUGGAUCACUAUUUGCGAAAAAGAGAUUGAUUGGCUAGAAGAAGAAGAAGAAGAAGAAGAAGAAGAAGAAGAAGAAGAAGAAGAAGAAGAAAAAGAAGAUAAAGAUGAAUCUUACUUUACUGGUCUUCUCUAUUCAUUGGUCCCACUUCUCCUACAAACUUACUUAAAUGAAGAAGAGAGGGAUUUAGAACAAAUGGACAUUUGGAAACAGGGAGAUGAAGAUGAGGGAGAUGGAAACAUUUCUCUGACCGGGGAACAAGAAGAAGAGGGAGAUGAAAAUGUGGAACAAAAGGGAGUAAACCUUGAAGACAAUUGGGAACAAGAGGAAGAUGAGACUUUACAAGUCAUUUCCAUGACAUGCCUAGGCCUUGCAGCUAGAAUUCUGAAGGGUGGAGUUGUCCCCACUGUGAUGCAUUUUGUUGAGGAGAACAUGAAUGGGCCACAUAAGAUAGCUGCAUUGUCUCCAUUAGGUUUUAUCCUCGAAGGUCCCUCAGUCAAGCAGCUUGCUCCUCUAGUUGAUUUAUUGCUUGCCUUGAUGGAAUAUCAGGCGGAAGGUGUAAGAGGCAGGGCUGCAUGGACUCUUGGGCGGCUGUUUGAGCUUGUGGAUGCACAUAGAAUCAUGAGAAAUGAGGUGGUGUCCCUGGAUAGGAUCAUGGAGCUCUUGAUAGAGAGGAGCUGUGAUGUCCCUCAAGUGUCCAUUGAAGUGCAUGGAGCUCUAUAUUUUCUUGCACGAGGUUAUGGAGAAGAUGCAAAGUCAGGGUCAAAGUCAAAUUCAUGUGAGCUUUCACCUUUUGUUAAGCCUCUUAUUGAUGCUCUCAUGCGUGCUUCCGAUCUGGCUAGGGAGACCCCUUUUAGUUUCCUAGCAUCUCCUUAUAAAGCAUUGAGUGAGAUUGUGGAAGUUAGUGACACCCGGGACUUACAAGUUUGGGAGGCUCUUAUGGGCUUGAUGUCUCAUAUCAUGAGGAGAUUCAACAUUGUGCUUCAUGGUCAUGGUGCAAUUUCAUCUCUUCAGAGGAAGAACCAACUUGAGGUCUUGUUGUGUGGUCUAGUUGAAGUCUUAAUCCACAAGCUUGGAGAUACACUUGAGGGGUCUGCUAAAUGUUUGUUGCUGUUAUUGUGCCCUCUCUUAACCCGUGAGAGUACAAGUGCACGUAAUGGAGCAGCCCUUGCCAUUGGUGCUCUUGCUCAUGCCAUUGGUGCUGAUUUUGGACAACACAUGCCUAUGGUGCUACAAUAUUUCAGUGUGAAGCGACUCUCUCCACUUUAUUUAGAAGUUAUAUGUGAUAUAUGCCAUGUCUUGGGAAAAGAGGGAAAAGAGGAAGAAGUUGUGCCGUGCUUUGAUCAUAUUAUGGAAGUUCUGUAUCAAGGUAUGGUAGAAUUGACACUUCAACCUCUAAUUCUAUCAAGCAUUGGACAGAUUGCUCUUUCUCUUGGUGAGAAGUUUGAGAAGUACCUGCCUCCAGUUAUGGAAAAGCUUUUAGUUAUGGAAAAGGCUGUUCAACUCGAUCAGGAUCCUCAUGAGGAUCAUAGUAACAAGGUUAGAGAGGCAAUAUGUAAGGCCUACCAUGGCAUAAUAAGGGGAAUAAGUGAUGCAAAGUCUGGAUUCAAGGUAGGAAUGGCUCUACUUGAAUUCAGUGAACAGGAGAGAAAGAGAAGGGAGAGAAGGACCGUGACAGCAAGGGACGAAAGGAUCAUGACAGCACUAGUUGAUGCCUUGUCUCAGCUUCCUCCUAGAGUGGGCGUUUGGUCAGAGGCGUUUAUUCUAUCGGUGCAGCAAGCAAAUAUUUAUUAG